GCCGCCGAGGUGCUCGCUCGGCCAAUUAGGUGGCUGCUGCCUGGCGGUGCUGUGCUUUGAGCGAUCAUCGAGGCCAACGUGACCUGCUCUGCUCUGGCAGAGGUGCAGCCAGCUCCGAGACCGACCCAACAACUCAAGACAUGGAUGGUAAUAGCAUGCAUGCCUGGGGCCUCCAGGCCGCCUUUCCAAUUGACACUCGGUUUUGUUGGCGUCCUUGCAUGGCCUGACUCUGUCUGUCGUCUGUCGCAGCGAGAUGCGAGUGCUGCAGGAGGCCAUUGGGGGGAUUACCAGUGCCUCUCUGAACGAACCAUCGAGGCAAAUCAGAUCUUGCCAUUCUUCGGUCGGUCUGUGCAACUGCAUCCAGCCAAUUGGUCUGAGAUGGGCCGUUGAACCAUUUUCUUUUCUUUCACGACUAUCACCAUGGCCAUCGCAUUGCCAAAUUCACACAACUCCCAAAACACUGGAACCGAGACAACUGAACCAAGCCAAGUGUCAACAGGAGGCCAACAGCGAUGGAGACGGGGUCGGGCAGGUCCUUGCUCCCGGCUCGGUAUCCGUUUCUCAGUUCCGUCCAACAAUGCCUCCCUAUGAAUAUUUGCCAUCACAGCUAAAGUUCGAUGUAUCUAGCUGUUACAGCACGGGUGCGAAUCAACGCACAACCCCCUCACACUCCUCCGCUCUUUGUCUACAGUCGGGGCCACUAGACCAAUUCGAAUUUUCGAAAUUUGAGUCAAGGAUUCGGCUUGACGCAGUCCACUGCCUUACAUAUAUAUGUAGGUCUUCUGGAUACGUCUCUGCUCCAUCCGACCCAAUACCGAUACCUGCUCUAGCUCCCUGGCAUCCAAAGAUUGGAUGCCACCAGUUGAGCAGUUGCAGCUUGGCGCACAAAAGCCCUGGCCGCGAUCUUGGAGAGGCGCCUCUCUAUAAGUACAUACUGUGAAGUACGCGGGCGGUGAGAAGACCCGACCAUGGCAUGCGCCUGCGCCUGCGCCUGCGCCUGCGCCUGCGCCUGCGCCUGCGCCUGCGCCCGUGCACAUCCCAUCCCAUCCACACGGACUCGCGGACUCGCGGACUCGCGGAGCUGUCACCGCUCUAGAGUCCAGAAUGCUGCUGGUAGCCACGCCGGGGUUGCGGGCGGUGGAUGCAUGCGAUGGCAUUGUGCGCGUCAACCGCCGCC